GGCUGCCGGCUGCUGCCACCGCAAUCCCCGCUCCUAAAUCAGCGCUGGGAAGCGUCCCCUCCCCCACCGGCUGCCCGCGCUCCCCGCGCCGCGAUUGGCCGCGCGGGCGCCCCCCGCCCGGGGCCCCCCCGCUCCAGCUGCAGCGCCAUUGGCUGCGGGUCUCCGCCAGCCUUUACAUAAGCCCGGGCGCGCUCGAGUGGAGUUGUAUAAAGCGAGCGAGCGGUGGCGGCGGGAGACUCGAGGCCAGCCCGGGACCGGGGCUGGGAGCUGGAAGGCGGCGGCGGCGGCAGCGAGCGCCCGCGCUCCGACGUCCCCAGGUGGGGCUGAGAGAGCCCGAAGAUGGCUCUGAGCGCUGACCUCGGCAUGUUCAGAAUGUUACUGUUCCUGCUGCUGCUGCGGUUUCUGCCCCCCACCGAGGGGUCCCAGCGUGCUGAACCCAUGUUCACUGCAGUCACCAGCUCCGUCCUGCCGCCUGACUAUGACAGCAACCCCACCCAGCUCAACUAUGGUGUGGCAGUCACCGAUGUGGACCAUGAUGGAGAUUUUGAGAUCGUUGUGGCAGGGUACAACGGCCCCAACCUGGUUCUGAAGUAUGACCGGACCCAAAAGCGACUGGUGAACAUUGCAGUGGACGAGCGCAGCUCCCCCUACUAUGCCCUGCGGGACCGGCAGGGGAAUGCCAUCGGGGUCACAGCCUGCGACAUUGACGGGGAUGGCCGCGAGGAAAUCUACUUCCUCAACACCAAUAAUGCCUUCUCAGGGGUGGCCACGUACACAGACAAGCUGUUCAAGUUCCGCAACAACCGGUGGGAAGACAUCCUCAGUGAUGAGGUCAACGUGGCCCGCGGUGUGGCCAGCCUCUUUGCCGGGCGCUCUGUGGCCUGUGUGGACAGGACGGGCUCUGGACGCUACUCAAUCUAUAUCGCCAAUUAUGCCUACGGUAAUGUAGGCCCUGAUGCCCUCAUUGAAAUGGACCCCGAGGCCAGUGACCUCUCCCAGGGCAUUCUGGCUCUCAGAGAUGUGGCUGCUGAGGCUGGGGUCAGCAAAUACACAGGGGGCCGGGGUGUCAGCGUGGGCCCCAUCCUCAGCAGCAGUGCCUCAGACAUCUUCUGUGACAACGAGAAUGGGCCCAACUUCCUCUUCCACAACCAGGGUGAUGGCACCUUCGUGGAUGCUGCUGCCGGCGCCGGCGUGGACGACCCCCACCAGCACGGACGAGGUGUUGCCCUGGCCGACUUCAACCGCGACGGCAAAGUGGACAUCGUCUAUGGCAACUGGAACGGCCCCCACCGGCUCUACCUGCAGAUGAGCGCCCAUGGGAAGGCCCGCUUUCGGGACAUCGCCUCACCCAAGUUCUCCAUGCCGUCCCCGGUCCGCACAGUCAUCGCCGCCGACUUUGACAAUGACCAGGAGCUGGAGAUCUUCUUCAACAACUUUGCCCACCGCAGCUCCUCAGCCAACCGCCUCUUCCGUGUCAUCCGCAGGGAACAUGGCGACCCCCUCAUCGAGGAGCUCAAUCCUGGUGAUGCCUUGGAGCCUGAGGGCCGGGGCACAGGGGGCGUGGUGACAGACUUCGAUGGAGACGGGAUGCUGGACCUCAUCUUGUCCCACGGGGAGUCCAUGGCUCAGCCGCUGUCUGUCUUCCGGGGGAACCAGGGCUUCAGCAACAACUGGCUGCGCGUGGUGCCUCGGACCCAGUUCGGGGCCUUCGCCAGGGGAGCUAAGGUCGUGCUCUACACCAAGAAGAGCGGGGCCCACCUGAGGAUUAUCGAUGGGGGUUCGGGCUACCUGUGUGAGAUGGAGCCCGUGGCACACUUCGGCUUAGGGAGGGAUGAAGCCAGCAGUGUGGAGGUGACGUGGCCAGACGGCAAGAUGGCAAGCCGAAGUGUGGCCAGUGAGGAGAUGAACUCUGUGCUGGAGAUCCCCUACCCCCGAAAUGAGGACAGACUUCAGGACCCAGCCCCACUGGAGUGCGGCCAAGGAUUCUCCCAGCAGGAAAAUGGCCAUUGCAUGGACACCAACGAAUGCAUCCAGUUCCCAUUUGUGUGCCCUCGAGACAAGCCCGUGUGUGUCAACACGUACGGAAGUUACAGGUGCCGGACCAACAAGAGGUGCAGUCGCGGCUAUGAGCCCAACGAGGACGGCACGGCCUGUGUGGGGACUCUCGGCCAGUCACCGGGCCCCCGCCCCGCCGCCCCCGCCGCUGCUGCCGCUGCCCGAGCUGCUGCCGCUGCUGGAGCUGCCGCUACUGCACCGGUCCUCGUAGAUGGAGAUCUCGAUCUGCGGCGGCGUUAAGGACGGACCCCCUGCCAGCUGCCGAGAAGGGGCGGACGGACCGGCGGACGGAGGCCGGCAGGGGAGCGGGAGGCCGGCGGGAGCCGCUGCCCAGACGGCGAGGACGGCGAGGACAGCGAG